AGCAGUUUGCGAAGGCCUCGCGGCCGAGCUGCGAACUUUCAGACGGAGGGAAGUGGCCGAGCGGCCUCUUUCCAGCCUGCGCCCCGAUGCUGCGCCCCCUGACCAGCGCCCUGCGCCUCCUACGCCCUUGGAAGCCCCUUCAGACCCGCGGCUGCGCCUCCGAUGGGGCGGCCAGGGGCCGGGAGAUCCAAGUGCGCGCCCUGGAGGGUCCGGACCAAGGAAUCACGGAGAUUCUGAUGAACAGACCGCGCGCCCGCAAUGCCCUGGGGAACGUCUUCGUCAGCGAGCUGCUGGAAGCUCUGGCCCAGCUGCGGGAGGACCGGCAAGUGCGUGUCCUGCUCUUCAGAAGUGCAGUGAAGGGUGUGUUCUGUGCAGGCGCGGAUCUGAAGGAGCGGGAGCAGAUGAGUGAGGCGGAGGUGGAGGUCUUUGUCCAGCGACUCCGAGGCAUGAUGACUGAGAUUGCACCCAGCACAUGGCUUGGCACACAGAACAAGAAGGGAGAACAGAAAGCAGCCUUCCCUGCACCCACAAUUGCAGCUCUGGAUGGGUUUGCCUUGGGCGGAGGCCUGGAGCUUGCCCUUGCCUGUGACCUCCGAGUGGCAGCAGCUUCCACGGCUGUCAUGGGGCUGAUCGAGACCACCCGAGGGCUUCUCCCAGGAGCAGGAGGGACUCAGAGGCUGCCUCGAUGCCUGGGGGUGGCCCUGGCAAAGGAGCUCAUCUUCACAGGCCGAAGACUGAGUGGGACACAGGCCCAGGUCCUGGGGCUGGUGAAUCAUGCUGUGGCCCAGAAUGAAGAGGGCAACGCCGCCUACCACAGGGCACGAGCACUGGCCCAGGAGAUCCUGCCCCAGGCCCCCAUCGCUGUGCGGCUGAGCAAAGUAGCCAUUGACCGAGGAAUGGAGGUGGACAUUGCAUCAGGGAUGGCCAUUGAAGGGAUAUGCUAUGCCCAGAACAUCCCCACCCAGGACCGGCUAGAGGGCAUGGCAGCCUUCAGGGAGAAGCGGCCUCCCAAAUUUGUUGGCAAGUGACUCCCAUUUAACCUUAAGCACGGGAGAUGCACGCUUUAAAGGGCAGGAUCCAGAAGGAAAAUUUGCACUGUGACUGCCUUCAUCAUUUUGCCUCUUUGGGAUUCAGUUUCCACACAAGGACAAUGAUGGAUAUAAAGUAAUUGGCAUGGGCCUGGUAUUAAUGUGCUGACCAUGCCACCUACUGUUCAUUAUUCCUCACCCUGUCUAGAUAGUCACUGCGGUCGGGUUUGCUUGGAGCACACCUGCCUCUCCCUACUCAAACGAUAAACUAAGGAUUAAAAUAGACCCCUCUGGGCUUUUGUCCUGUUGGCUUUUCGGCCCGACCUCUGCCUCUCAGUUAUCAGGUGCUCACCAGAGAUGGCAAGAGGUUGUAAGGACCCCCUAGUUCCUCCCUCUGUAACAGAGCUAACAAGGGAACCCUGGUGGUGGCUGGGCAGGUGUCAGGAAUCAGACUGCAGAUCCCGGCUCUCUGCCAGUUACUCACGGUGUGCCUCAGCUUCCUCAUCUGCAAAAUGAACUGUUGUGAAGAUUAAAAGAAAAUAAAUAAAACACCUUAUGUUCAAUAAGCAUUA